UUUUUUAUUUUUUAUUUUUUGCUGGCAGCCACAUUCAACAUGGCGCAAUUGCUCAACCACUUUCUUCCUUUCAACCGACUUUAUUUACACUGAACGCCUCGGCAAUAGUAGCUAAUUUGUGUGACGUUUAGGGUGCGUAAGCGUGUGACGCGGCGUCCCUUUGUUGGUUCAGCAGCGGUGGCGCUUGUGUUGUUAUUUUUUCUGCGGCUGAAAAUUUUCAAGUCUGUGUGGAAAUCUUUAUUUUUUUUUGUAAAUAUAUUUUUUUCAUUUGGAUAUUUUACCUGAAUCCGACUAAUAUAGUAAUGGACUCGGACGAAGGAUACAAUUAUGAAUUCGACGACGAAGAGGAGUGCAGCGAAGACAGCGCUGAAGAGGAGCUCGAAGACGACACCCUGGAGCUCGGAGAGGUGGAGUUGGUCGAUCCUGCCGAGGCCGGCGGCGAGCGGGAUGUAUGCGGGGAGACCGGGAGCAGCGGCCUGGGGCCCGGCCAAGACGAGGAGGAUUACCGCUUUGAGGUGCUCACCGCGGAUCAGAUCCUCCAACACAUGGUGGAGUGUAUCAGGGAGGUCAACGAGGUCAUCCAGAACCCAGCAACAAUUACAAGAAUACUACUUAGCCACUUCAACUGGGACAAGGAGAAGCUGAUGGAGAGGUACUUUGAUGGGAACUUGGAGAAGCUGUUUUCAGAAUGUCAUGUUGUAAACCCUAGUAAGAAAUCCCGGACACGCCAGAUGAACACAAGGUCCUCUGCACAGGACCUGCCGUGCCAAAUCUGCUACCUGAACUACCCCAAUGCGUAUUUCACUGGCCUGGAGUGUGGACACAAAUUCUGCAUGCAGUGUUGGGGUGAAUACCUAACUACCAAAAUCAUUGAGGAGGGAAUGGGACAGACUAUUUCCUGCCCAGCUCACAGCUGUGAUAUCCUAGUAGAUGACAAUACAGUUAUGAGACUCAUAACAGAUUCAAAAGUGAAGUUGAAGUACCAGCAUUUAAUUACUAAUAGUUUUGUAGAGUGCAAUAGACUGUUAAAAUGGUGCCCUGCGCCUGAUUGCCAUCAUGUUGUUAAAGUCCAGUACCCUGACGCUAAGCCGGUCCGCUGUAAAUGUGGCCGCCAGUUCUGUUUCAACUGUGGUGAAAAUUGGCAUGACCCUGUCAAAUGCAAGUGGUUAAGGAAGUGGAUAAAAAAGUGUGAUGAUGACAGUGAAACUUCAAACUGGAUCGCAGCUAACACCAAGGAGUGUCCCAAAUGCCAUGUUACCAUUGAGAAAGAUGGCGGCUGUAAUCACAUGGUCUGUCGUAACCAGAAUUGUAAAGCUGAAUUCUGUUGGGUCUGUCUUGGACCCUGGGAACCACAUGGAUCUGCUUGGUACAACUGCAACCGCUACAAUGAAGAUGAUGCUAAAGCAGCGAGAGAUGCCCAGGAGGUAAAGUCCGGAACCGGGGAUGGAGGGCUAGCUAAGCGCUCCCGGGCAGCUCUGCAGAGGUACCUGUUCUACUGCAAUCGCUACAUGAACCACAUGCAGAGUCUGCGCUUUGAGCACAAGCUGUACGCUCAGGUCAAGCAGAAGAUGGAGGAGAUGCAGCAGCACAACAUGUCCUGGAUCGAGGUGCAGUUUUUGAAGAAGGCUGUGGACGUGCUCUGCCAGUGCCGUGCCACACUCAUGUUCACUUACGUUUUUGCAUUCUACCUCAAGAAGAAUAAUCAGUCCAUUAUCUUUGAGAACAAUCAGGCAGACUUGGAGAAUGCCACCGAGGUGCUGUCUGGGUAUCUGGAGCGUGAUAUUUCGCAGGAUUCACUGCAAGACAUCAAGCAGAAAGUGCAAGAUAAGUACAGAUAUUGUGAGAGUCGGCGAAGAGUGUUGCUACAACAUGUGCAUGAAGGUUACGAGAAAGACCUCUGGGAGUAUAUUGAGGAUUGAGGAUAACCCCGCUUACAAUGAACUUGGAAAAUAACUUUACCAACUAGAGUGCUGAUGCAAUUAAACUGGGUGGCACUGGCCUCUGCUGACACCGCUGGUCUACUCCGGAAUGUCAUCCUUUUUUUUUUUUUUUUUUUUUUUCUGUUUUUGCUUAAUGGAAAGAUAAAAUAAAUUAUAUUGUAAUAAAAAGGUAGAUACAACACCGACGAAAUACAAUGUGUACAACAGUAUUGUAAGCAGCACAGUGAAGUUUGACAAGACACUGAAAAAAGAAACCCUGCCCUCCGAGCUUGUGACGUAGAUUCCUUCUUGAAAGCGGAUGCUUUUUUUUUUGUUUGUUUCCUUUUUUAUUUUUUUCCUUGUGUGUAGGAAAUUGAUUUACAUUUUGUUUUCAACACAGCUUUAAAUGUACAACUAGCCAUGUAUAUUGUUGUGGCAGAUUGGCUAAAGACAAUUACAGGAGCAAAAACUGUGUUAAAACGGUGUACAUUGAUAUGAAAGUUGUAAAUAACGCAUAUGCAUGGAAGAGUUUAAAACAGCAAGCGUAGCACGUGUUUGCAUAAUUUUUAAAUUACAAAAAAAAAAUCAAGAUGGUGUAUAUUUGCUGUGUAGUUUCUUAAGUUCUUUAUUAUUAUUAUUAUUAUUAUUAUUAUUAUUAUUAUUAUUAUUAUUAUUAUUUCUUCUCUUUCCCCAGCUUUUUAAAAUUUGAUUUUCCUUUUAUGUGGAGGGUUGAAGGAAGGGGGCGACUGGAUGCUAACCAGAGAAUUCUAGCUGUAUCUGCCGCUUUUAUCACUCCAUUGUUCACACUGCACCUCCGUUCAACAGCAGCAGUAAAAUCCAAAGCCUGUAAAUGGCAGAAUGUCUAAAUCAUGAUAGGGUCAGAAUCCUUGGCACUACAGAUUUAGAAGUGAAGACCUAACAUAUUGACCCUGCUCUUGAUUGAAACAUAGAAGGAGUUUUUAAGAAGAAGAAGAAGAAAAAAAUACAUUUUGUAAGCUGCAUUUUAUUUGAAGUCUGCCUGGACUGGAUUACUCAUUUCUUUUUCUUAGUUUUAAUAUUUACAGGGAAAAAAAAACAAUCCAAAAAAGAAUUCCUGAUUUCUCAGGAUAAAAAGGGAGUUUUGUUUGACCAACUUUUUAUCUGCAAUGAAAGCACUUGUGGGGUGGGGUGGGGGAGGUGGGGUAUUAAGGUGUAAAAAGAGGUUUAACUCAACAGUUUAUAAAAUUCCUAGGGUUGAGAAGAUUUGAACAGUGAAAGAUCAUACAGAGCUUUAACAGAAACGUUAUUUAGAGCUAACAGUAGUAGGUAUUUUGCCAUUUUCCUUUCUUUUGUUGGCUAUAUUUUGCUUUGCGCAAGGCUCUAGCUAUCUUCUGGCUCAGGAGCUAAUUAAGCUAAUUUACAGUUACUCGGUAGCUUUGGCAAGUCACUAAGCAUAAUGUGAGCUUUGAAUGUUAACAUGCCAUUUAAACGUAGAUAUGCUCCCCACCAAAAGCUUUUUUUUUUUUUUUAUAAAUAUAAAGCAAGUUACAAGGUAGAAUUUCUUACUCUGGUUUGCUUUAACGCACUGUAGAUGAUAAAUCUCUUUUUUUUUUUUUUUUUCUCUCCUAGUUGUAAGAUUGAAGUCCUUUUUUCUGCAGUGCAGAAUAUUUUACAUGUAUGAAAUGCAGGAAAUGUUGCCCAUGAAGUGAAAAAAGAAAAAAGAGUCUGCUUUCACAGAAGUGUGAACUACUAUUAUAUAAAAAAAUAUAUAUUUUCGUCUCAGUUUGUGAAGUAAAACAUUCUGGGAAAUCGGAGUUGCAGACCUAAUUGGUUUUACCUGUCCUAAUAAUUCUUUAAUAAAAAAAACAAAAAAAUCUGACUGUACUAUACAAAAUAAAUGUCAUAAAAAAAAACUAAAAAAAAAAUAGAAUUCAGUAUUGUGUGAAUCAUUAGAAUAGCCUAGCUUUAAACUUAAUGCAUUGUACAUUCAAGUUUUGAACUGUAUGAAGAUGGCGCUCGCCCGAAAAACAAAGCUAAACAUAUUCAUGUUUAUGAUGCAUCGUGUGACGAGUCACCUUUUGAUGCCUGAAUUUCAUCUGAAGGCAUUGAGUUUCAUAAAUUGACCCAAUACCAAUGUUAUAAUAGAGGACUGUUUUGCAAUUUUUAUAAGGAUUCUAUACAAAUCAAGGUUUGUGAAGUACUUGAUCGAAAUGGGGACAACAGAUGUGGUAUUUUUAAAUAAUAUAACUGAACUCCCUUGCCUAUGGGCCAAAAAACAUAGACAUCGACAGACUUGUGAAUGGCCGCACAGCUGACCCCACAAUUCCAGAAUGACUUUCAUUCAUACCCUACCUAAACUAAUAACACUGGACUGUUGCAUUUCCAAGUCCUUAUUGGACAAUAUGCUCUUUCAACAGCCAUGUGAGCAGUUUAAAUGUAAGGAGUUGGAAUGACAAAAACUCAAUGGGAAACCAUUGGCUUCUUGAUUGACAUGACAAUGGCAACGUGCAGCUGCUAUGGCAUCAAAAGGAUUUUCUUAGCAAACCGAAGCUGCUGUUCAAUAUUCAUUCCUAGUUCUGGGGAGUGGGGAAUUUUUGGUCUGCUUGUAUUUAUUUGUGCUGGUUUAAAACAGAUGAAAACUCUUAUUGGGUUUUUACUGGGGAUGCACAGCUAAAGGUCAGUUGACAAUCCCUGCUUGCUGUCUGCAGUAACUUUUUCUAGUCCUGUUUCUAACUGCGCUACAUGCCUUGUGUCUGUCAUCAAGUGUAUGGGGUUGUAAACCGUGGCUAAAACGAAUCUGGUGCCAGAAGUAAUCUGAUACUUAGCAAUUCCGUGUCCUCAUUAUUGUAAAUUGCUUACCUGAAUGUACAUCAGGAGUGCGACUUGGAUUAACUAACAUGUCAAAAACACAGAAACAAAUGUGGGUUCAGUGGUGUAUGCUGUAGCAGAUGCUUUGAGCAACUGCAUGCAAAGCCUCUUCACCUGCCCAUCUACUUUCUGACAACCUGGUUUUAGCCUCCAAGAGCACUCUGCUGCACAGAUCUGCCCUGCAAGAAUGGUUCCAAUACAUACUCCUUGACAGAACUUCAGUCAGUGAUCCAGCAUGUCAAACCAGGUUGCUCUUACUACAUGUAUUGGUGUGCCCCUUAAGAAUUGCUAGAUAUCAAUGCCUUUAGAUCUCACUCAGCUAAUGAAGCACUGCUAGUCUGUUUAAUGCUCCAAACAUUUCUUUAACAUUGGAAAAGAUACAGUGAUUAUAUGGUGUUCAGGCAUGGCUGGUUACACAGACCAUGAUUAGCUCUGAUCUUGGACUCUCUCCUAAGGUUGCUUAUGGUAAGGUUGUCCAGGAUUAGUGCUAAUAGAGUCUGCAAAAUCAGCCGCUGCUUAGAUUAUUAAUAUAGAGCCUUUUGUGUCCAAAUGAUUGGAGCAGUGGAGAGCCCUGAAACUCAACUGCACUUCAGACAGUUCCAGCUGUUUACUUAGUAUAUGAACCCUGAUGGGAGUAAAGAGUGCUUCCUGCUUCCCACUCCAGUUGAUAAAGAAACACCAUUGCCUUGUGUUUAGUUUGAGGUAUCUUUUUCUUUUGCCAUGUAGGAUGGCCAUUGACAGUGGGGACCUCACCAGCCCAUUGUUGGUUUCAUGAGCAUACAAAUAUUAAUGUACAUUUAAAAAGAGAGAAUAUCCUGGGUUGUUUUAUGUAUAUAUAUAUUUUUUUCUGAAAUAAUAUUUAAACAGCAUUUUGUGACCAGACAAAACCGGCAUUGCAUUUGUUUUAAGCAUCGAAUCAAUCGACCACUUUUCUAUAUAAAAAAAAUAAUAAAAAUAAUAGUUUAAUUUUGCGGAUUUGUUUUUCUGCCCUUUGAAAACUGAAUGUUGUUUUUAAUGCCUUAUUUACAUACAGUGUAAAAAAAAUAUCUGGAGAAAAUUAGUUAUUUGUCUGUUUUAAAUACAUUAAAGUGAAAAAUGUCAUAAA